CUUACCUCUGAAAUCGAUCCCCCUCCACCUUCGUCCAAACUGUUUUCUGGCCAGCCAAAACCAGAUGACUUGUCUGAGUCUGCAAUCAUCUCCCUCCAUACCACGCUUAAUCUUAUGGAUACUUCCUUUCCUCUCUUCGAGCGCUAUCGGGUCACAUUCGCACUCCGCAACAUCGGGACGCCAGCAGCCGUGGACGCACUGGCAUCAGGAUUCUCUAAUGACAGCGCACUGUUGAAGCACAAGAUCGCCUUUGUUUUCGGCCAACUCUUGAGCGCACAUUCCGUCCCCUCGUUGCUUAAAGUCCUCAAGGACGGAUCAUUUGCUCGUGCCACACCGAUGUCCGUUUCACUCUGA